CCGUAUCAGACACUAUAUCUGAUUUAGUUUCAUAAAUAUCUGGUAAUCAUUAUCUUUUCUAUUUUAGUGCAGGAUCACAUCUAGUCUACACCUUGCAUUUCAGCUGAGUUACAACUGCCAAGCAAUGAUGAGAAAGGUCGUUCAAUCAUACUGCUGACCACCAAAUGGAAUGGUGAUGGAGAGCUAAACUGAAAUGCCGUUCCCUCAACCUGGAAGUGUUUGAAAACGAAUGCAUUAGCAUCCUAACUGUGCAAAGCGAGGAUGUUGGAUGCGGUUGGAUGAAGAGUCAUCAACUGGCAGCCAGCCAACAAGCAGUACGUAUUCAACGUCUGAUCAUGUCAACAUUCUCACGUACAUACAAUCUAACCUAUCCAAUUGUUGUGUACUGAGCAAGUACGUUUUUCUCAUUCUCCUUAGGCCAAGGUCUACUUGGUAUAUCACGGACAUACAGGACACUGACUUUCGUGCAGAGUGUUAGGCAUAAUAUCAAGGGAAAACCUGGCGAGAUGCAUCCAAUCGCUCACGCUCAAUUGCAAAUGAAAUGUUUUUUUUCAUCAUCUGCGAGGUUCGUCACAUCGGUCACUGUCGUCGUCGACCGCUUCAUCCAACAGAUAAAAGAAGCGCCAGACUCUAGGAAACUAACUCAGACGUUUGGUUUGAGUUGCACUGUUAGGACGGUACAGCUCAAGACGAUUCUAAAUUGGUGCGAGAUGAUGGCGAAUUCUUUGACAAUCUUUUCUUUCGUUAGUGUCAUCAGUCUGCUCUUGUUGUCAUGUUCCAGUCAGGCCACUAACCUAAACAACACCAGUGACUCUACAACGAUCCAAAGUGAUGACGUGUCCGGCUCCCGCAGCGCCAGACAGUACAUGAUGCCCGGCCUGUUGAUGAAUUACCGACAGCACGCGCCAUCGAACAUUUUUGAUCGAUGGAUUUAUGCCCCGUCCAACUUUGAACUGCCGACGGUCGCCGAAUCUCCCAACGUUGAAUACGACGGCAGGAAUUUGUUGGGUAAAGCCAAGUUCCAGAUUGCCUGCGGCGGCGGACCUACCGCACUCCCCCAACGGCAGAUUGUCGGAAUCGUCGGCGGAAGUCAAGCCGCCAAGAAUUCGUGGCCUUUUGUCGUGGCAUUGAUGGCUAAUGGACAAGUGCUGUGCGGCGGGUCGUUGAUCAGUCCAACCAAAAUCCUCACGGCGGCGCAUUGCGUCGAAAGGAUGUCUUUGUUUGAGAUUUCUCUAUUGACUGUCCGUCUUGGGAUGCACACCGUCGGGAACCAAGCGCUCAACACACGAAACGACGCCCAAGUGACUAGGAGGGUCUCUCGCGUGGUCUUUCACAACGAUUACAACGAUGCAACUAAUGCCAACGAUAUCGCCAUUCUAACGAUGGAUAAGGCGGUGACUUAUUCUUCGGUCAUUUCUCCCGUUUGUUUGGGGUCGCCCAGUUCGAAUGCCGACCAAUUCGCCGAAAAGCAAGCGGCCGUCAUGGGCUGGGGAAAUUUGCAAGAGGGCGGAAAUCCAGCGGAUGUCCUUCAACAAGUGACACUUCAAAUCAUUACCAACGCCAAAUGCAAGGCUUCAUUUCCAGAUCUUUUGACGACUAUGCUCUGCGCUAUUGCUCCAGGCAAAGACUCUUGCCAAGGUGACAGCGGUGGCCCGUUAGUUGUUCAAUCGGCCUCGGGAAUUUGGACACAAGUUGGAAUCGUCAGCUUUGGACGAGGAUGCGCUCAGCCGAAUUUCCCCGGCGUGUACACCAGGUUGUCGGCGUUCAGGAGUUGGAUUGAUAAAUUUGCUUAAAAGAUGGCUGUCUACAUGGACGACACAAAUUCAAUCCGAAAUUUUUAAUUUGCCAUUUUCAAUAACAACUAACAAGGAAGUGCAAGUUAUUUAUUGUCUAAAUAAUUUAAAAAAUGCUCCGUGCCUGGUUUCUGAC